AUGCAAUGUCUUCCAGCUACUAAACACUUUGGGAUUAUUUUUCUCGUACUAUGCAUUGCAGCCAGAAGCCACGCCUCUAGAUUGGCUGCAGUGGUUGCAGACCGACCUCACAUAUUGCUGGUCGUUGCAGACGAUCUGGGAUGGAAUGACGUCGGAUGGCAUGGAUCAGACAUCAGAACUCCCGUCCUGGAUUCUUUAGCCGCUGCAGGGACGACACUGGAGCAGUACUAUGUGCAGCCGGUUUGCUCUCCGACGAGAACGAGCUUGUUGACUGGUCGAUAUCCGAUGAGGUAUGGGCUGCUGCAUCAUGUGUAUCCGACUGGAGCAAGACUUGGGUUGCCUCUCAAUGAGACUUUGCUGCCAGAAAAGCUCAAUGAGGCUGGCUAUCAGUCUCACAUGAUUGGCAAAUGGCAUCUUGGAUUUUACACCUGGCACCACACACCAACAUUCCGAGGCUUCCAGUCAUUCUAUGGCUUUUACGGUGGAGCAGAAGACUACUACGCACAUUCAUCUGGUGCAGGGCUCUCAUCACACCCCAACACAGGAAGCAGGCUCUCUGGUCUCGACCUUCGAAACCAGACUAGUGCCGACUUCAACAAGAUGGGCGUUUACUCGACUCCAUUAUUUGCAUCAGAAGCACAGAGAAUUAUUAGGAAUCAUGCAGUGAGUGAGUCUGACUCGCCUCUCUUCUUAUACCUUGCAUUCCAAGCUGUUCACUCACCUCAGGAGGUUCCACAGGUGUAUGUAGAUCAAUACAAAAAUACUAUAUCUGAUAUGAACAGGAGAAAGUUUGCAGGGAUGGUCAGUUGUUUGGAUGAAGCGAUUGGAAAUGUGACUAAUACGAUGAAAGAGAUGGGGCUGUGGAAAAAGACUCUGAUGAUGUUUACCACAGACAAUGGAGGACCUGUUCAUACAUUCUCGGCUAUUGGAGCAUCAAAUUGGCCACUCAGAGGCAGUAAGCACACUCUGUGGGAAGGCGGUGUGAGAGGGUCUGCAUUCCUCCAUGGUCCUAUGCUCAAGAAAGGCACCAAGUACACAGGCCUCAUGCACGCAACCGACAUCUUCCCUACUCUCAUUGCUGCAGCUGGAGCCAACACAAACCACACACUUCCCUUGGAUGGAAUCAACCAAUAUGAUCACAUCACAGCAGUGGCGAACACAUCACCAAGGAAUGAGAUCUUAUUCAACUACGAUCCAUUUGCUCCUCACGGAAUCAGCAACAGCGGAUGCUGCGGAUAUGCAGGACUUCGACAAGGUGAAUGGAAAUUGUUAGUUGAUCCUGGUGGCCCUGAUGGAUGGUACCAACCAGGAAACACAUCAAAUCAUGACACUCACACAAUACCUGAAGGACUGACCAUCAAAAAUAGAACUAUAUAUUUGUUUAAUCCGGUUGUCGACCCAACUGAACACAAUGAUGUCUCGAAGGACAACCCAGAAGUUGUGCGAAAGUUGAUGGAUCGAUUGGAGGAGUACAUUAAGCAGUCGGUUCCACAAGGCAGUCAGAAGAUAGACCCCGAGUCAGACCCUAGCAAACACAAUGGAGUGUGGACUCCAUGGGUGAAGGAUACAGAAAGUAAAGUUUGAUUAAAAUCAAGUCAACAAAAGGUUUUUUGAUAAUAAACGUUUGACAUAUUUGUUAGUUUUGACAUGUCUGGUUAGUUGGGUUGUUUGCUUCAAUCCGUAUAUAAAUAGAGUUUGGAUGGAUUCAGAGAGAAUAGCACAAAAUGAAAUGCAGAUAGUGAGA